GAGGAGCAUGGGAGCAAGAGCGGACGAACAAGGGAGGGAGGAAAAGGAGUGGCCUUGUGCAGAUAUCUGCCUCUCUCUCUCCCUCUCUCUCUCCCUGCCUCUCUCUCCCCCUGCCUCUCUCUCUCUCUAUGACGGUCUGGGAGUGACAAUAGGAUAAGGAGGGCCAGUAGUACAGAGAGAGAGAGAAAGAGAGGAAAGACGGAGGGAAGGAGAGACAGAAAGGGGGGUAAACAGCAGAAAGAGAAAGAGAGAGAGAGGGCAGAGAGGACGAGGAAGAGAGAGAGAGACGGGGCAGAGAGAGAGAGGGAUAACGUCCGUAUCUCAGCACUAUGGCCUCUGCUGCCCCCCAGAAGAGGAUGGUCUCCUCAGUGUUCAUCACACUGGCCUCCCCUUACAGAGCCACGGUCACUCCGACCCCCCAGAUCCUGACCCCUCCACCCCAGAUCCAGCACACUGCCGUCCCCCUCAGCCCCACCGGGACUCAGCGGAGACCCUCCGCUUCCUCCAGCGCAUUCCAGGACAGCACCGGGUCUCCCAUCCCAGCCAGCCCUCUUCGAGCACAGGCUAGGACCGGACCUCUGUCGCCCGCGCCGGAGACCCGUUACGCUCACCCUGACCCUCCAUCCAGACCGGUGGACACACGGCAGCGCAAACAGGACAGAAGCCCAGGAGAGUUUUUCCCCCCUCCUCCUCCCCCUGCAUCUUUGGACUCAGAGGAGAGUGAUGAACUGGUUGCCCCCUCACACCAACCACUCACCACCCCCACCCCCGCCUGCCCUCCAGCUGACCCCAAACACAGACCACCGGCCUCCACAGGCGAGGUCUCUGUAGCUGGCAGCUGGCCUGUGGAGACACUGCCCCCUGCUGACGGCAGACAGGACGAGCCAUAUGGAGAACUUCUGAUCAGCGGUGAAGAGGAGAUCAAACCAGAUGUGUGUGGGUUCUGUCGGAAGCCUGUAGCUCUGACGGAACCAGCCAUCGAGGCCUUGAACAGGACGUACCACAGCAGCUGUUUCCAGUGCAGGCAGUGCCACACGCCUCUCGCUGGGAAAAUGUACUACAACAAGGCCGGCAUACCGCUGUGUGAGGACUGCUACCAGGCCAGUCUGGAGCCCUGCUGGGCGUGCGGUGAGGUCAUUAAGGACCACGUGAUCCGCGCGCUGGAGAGAGCCUAUCACCCGCCCUGCUUCGUCUGCACCACCUGCAGGCAGCCAAUCGGAGAGCAGAGAUUCGCCCAAGGGGAGGUGGGAGAGGUGUACUGCCUGCAGGACUAUUACAGGAAGUACGCUCCUCAGUGCAGCAUCUGUGGAGAACUGAUAAUCCCUCGAGAAGAUGGAACAGACAGCUACACGGUGGAGUGUCUGGGACGCUCUUUCCAUGAAGACUGCUACCGCUGUGAGGGGUGCGGGGUGCUUCUCUCUCCGGAGCCGAAUGAACACGGCUGCCACCCGCUGGAUGGACAGAUACUGUGUAAACCCUGCCACCUUUCUCUGAUCCAGACAGCCCAACAUUAAAACCUUCUGCACUUGGGGGCUUCGCACUACAGCACACUGAAUCCGCUAAUGAUCAACCAGGAAAGAGGUGGAAGAGAAUUUACAGAAUUUAAAGCUGCCCAACUGUGAUUUUGUCCAUUAGUGGAAGAAACAGGCUUCGAAAGAAAAGGCCCCCAAAGCUCAUGCACUUGUGGCUAGAAUGGCAUUACAAGCAAUCAGCUUCAGUAGGGCCGUCAAAAACAAUGCAAAGGUACAUUGUCUCAGAACUACGGCGCCAUUCGAUGGACAAAAACUCUGCUGGGCUGCUUUAACCUACAUUUGGAUAAAGAUUGUACACGCAAAUGCUGCAAAACUGGGAAAGCAUAGCUGGGAGAGCAGAGCUUAUUUUUUAUUUAGUUAGUUUUUACAAUGAUCCAAUAGUUAAAAAUUCUUUUAAUAUUACCUUAUUUUUAUAUUCGCAUUUUUUAAACUUUCACUGCAUUUAUCAAUGAUGUAACGACACAUGUAUCAAACAUAUCUGAGCUAAUCUGAUAUUUUGCACUGUUGUGUUAUAAUAUGCACCAAAGUUCAUUACGCCAAAGAUAUUUAUUCAUCAGUAAGUCAAAUGUUUUUUUUAACUGAUGAAAUAACAUAUCAAAAUUGCAAAGUAUUACUUGAUUAAACAAAUAAACCAAUAUGUGCCAUAUUUUG